CUAAUGUGGUUUUUUGUUGUUUUCGUACAGAAAUGGCACCCCGUAAGGGCAAGGAGAAGAAGGAAGAGCAGGUCAUCAGCUUGGGACCUCAGGUGGCUGAAGGAGAGAACGUGUUCGGCGUCUGCCAUAUCUUUGCUUCCUUCAAUGACACUUUUGUCCACGUAACUGAUCUCUCUGGCAAGGAAACCAUCUGCCGUGUGACCGGUGGCAUGAAGGUGAAGGCUGACAGAGACGAGUCUUCUCCCUACGCGGCUAUGCUGGCAGCUCAGGAUGUCGCCCAGAGGUGCAAGGAGCUGGGCAUCACUGCCCUGCACAUCAAGCUGCGGGCAACUGGUGGAAAUAGGACCAAGACUCCCGGUCCUGGUGCCCAGUCAGCCCUGAGAGCUCUGGCCCGAUCCGGAAUGAAGAUCGGCCGUAUCGAGGAUGUCACUCCCAUCCCCUCCGACAGUACUCGCAGAAAGGGUGGUCGCCGUGGACGUCGCCUGUAAACAGUGCUGCACCUUUCAUCAUUAAAGCUCUCUUACAAACCUGU